AUGGCGUCUGUUUUCAUCGGAGUAAAGCACGGGAAAGGCAAGAACAGACAGAAAGAUGUUCGCCAAGACAUGCUCCUCGCGCUUCCAGAUGAUCAAGACCAUGUGCUCGACAUCAACUUACAGCGCAAGGCGAUGAGCAACCUGGGCGCUACCUGGCAGGGAAGACGGAUGGUGGUGACGGAGGACAACAUUUGUUUCGGGAAGCUGACGGGAAGCGACAUGCUGGACUACAUUCCUCUCCUGGAGGUUGACUCUAUCAGUCAUACUGUAGUAGAAGACGAUGAAGAGAGUCUAAAUGUCUUCGCCAUCUUGACAGCAGAGAACGGUCACAACUCAGGCCGAUCAACAGUCUUGGCGAUAGAAGACCAGGCGGAGUACGAGCGAGUCAUCAGCAUCCUAGAAACUUGUGUCAGGAAGCGGAAGCAGAGAGAGAUGGAUCAUAUUGACAACACCUUCAUCAAAAAGUGCCAGCACAGAGCAAGAGACUUCUAUGACGGGAUGGUAUGCCAGUCCAUCGUUGGAGUUUUGAUCGUUGCUUCAUAUGUCAAUGCGCUGGUGAACGCUCAAGUGAUGCCGGAGCCAGGCUCUUCCUCUACUCAUUUCUUCUAUGCCAUGGAGUGGGUUUUCAACAUCAGCUUCACCAUCGACCUGAUUUUCAACGUUUUCGGUCAUUUUUCCUUGCAAUUCUUCUAUGACGGAUGGAACUUGGGAGACAUAGUUGUCGUUGUCGUCUCUCUCAUCUCUCAGUUCGUAGACGGGAUGAUCGGCGUUAGCGUCCUGCGACUUGCCAGAGUCUUCAAGAUGAUUCGACUCUUCAGGAAACUGACAUCGCUGAGGAUCAUGAUAAACGCGCUUGUAGCAUCAGCCAUCCCCGUCAUCAACGCGCUCUGCAUCUUGUCGCUUGUCACUUCGAUCUACGCUAUCAUAGCGACGAACCUCUUCCAUGAGGUGCAGCCGGAGUUCUUCGGGGGCUUCAUGAGAUCCAUGUUCACGAUGUAUCAGAUCUCGACUGGAGACGCGUGGGGAUCUGUCAUCGCAAGAUCCAUCCUCAACUAUGAGACUCAUUCCGACCUCUACAACUUUGGGGUUGGGUUUUUCUUUAUCUCGUACAUGCUGCUUGUGGGGAUGGUCCUGAUGAACAUCGUGGUUGCGGUGCUACUUGAUGAGUUCAUCACCAUGGUAGAGCAAGAGAAGAAUGACAGGAAAAUCAACGAGAAGUUGGAAUUGGCCAAGCAUGGUCAGCAGAAUCUCACCGAACUUCCGCUGGAUCCUCUGCUCGCAAGUCUGGUGGAGUUUGCUACCAUCCCCGAGCUGUCAAACAGGAUCUACGCUCUGUACCAGCGACUGGACCUGGAUGAGAACGGCUCGCUGUCGCUUGACGAGAUUAACUUGGGGCUCAAGAAGCUGAAGCUCCCUCGCCCCAUCCACCUCACACACGAGGAUUUCGACAUGCUCACCAUGGACAGAACCCUCCUGGACGAGGACGGAGAGCUCACGCCCCAGGCCUUCGAGCAGAUGAUGCUCGCAGAGCUCGACGGCUACGUCAGGAGGAAGAUGAUCGCAUCGAUCGACGCGAUGGAGGACGAGAACACAAAGGAGCUGCUGAUGGGGAUCAAGAUGAACCUCUCGACUCUCGAUCGCUUCCAGCAGUCCAUGGACAACAAGCUCAAGAACCGACGGCUGCAAGGUCGCAAGCAGAUCCUGACUCGCCUCUUCCGUUCCUCCCUCUACAUCUCCUUCCGCGAGUGGAAGACUGUCGCCUUCGAGCUCCACGAGCCCGGCAGAGUGAAGGAGAUGCAACAAGAGGAGGUGGAGGAGAGCAGCCGGCAAGCGCCUCCUGCGAGACGAAUGUCGCUGUCUCAAGCAAUGCAGACCCGCCUCGACAUGCUGGAGAUGAGGGUCCAGACCCAGCACAAGAGCAUCUCCAACCGUCUCAACGAGCUGGUGAGCAUGAACAAGCGCCUGGAUCAGUCGCUCAGCAAGCUCGUGCUUCACCUCCUCCACCACGAUAGAGCCGGCCACGCCUCCAUGAACCCGCAGAAACGCGCAAGCCUUGUGCAGACAAGCGACCUGUGUAUCCUCCCACACGCGGGGAAGAAGGACCACGCUCACGGGGAGCGCAGCUUGCAGGAGGAGGUGAAAGGGGUGAGAGACUCGGUCAACCUCCUCAACCUCCGCGAGAAGUUCGCGACCAUGCCUCGAGCUCUGCACAGCUACGAGGAAGACAAGGAAGAGCUCAUGGUCAAGAUCAGCUCCUAUAGGUCCAGGUACUCGCACAACGAGGACCCCGUCAUCUCAGCUUACGCCGACAUGACUGGAGGAAGCGUAAGGAGGACGAGAAACAGUCAGGAGGGCGAAGGGGGGAAAGAGGCGCAGGAGAAGAGCGCGAGCGAGGCGAGCGAGGAAGACACGAACAGUGAUAACACUGGCAAAAGAGAGAAGAAUAACAAAUCGGGAUGA